AUGGCUUCGCAACCAGGCAUACUUACAGAUUGGCCAUGGGAGCCUCUUGGGAGCUUUAAGUACGUGUUACUGGCCCCAUGGGUGGUUCAGACCAUCAUUUACUGUGUGACAGCGUCGCAUGAGAGAGACCUCGCUUACUGUCUCGUACUUCCAAUGUUAAUGGCGAGGUUGGUUCACAACCAGAUCUGGAUAUCUGUUUCUCGCCAUCGAUCAGCUCAGGGCAAAAGCAGGAUCAUUGAUAGAGGCCUUGAAUUCUCACAAGUUGACAGAGAAAGCAACUGGGAUGACUAUAUUUUGUUGACUGGACAUAUCACGUACUUAGCAUAUAUGAUACUUCCUGAGGUUGCCAAUCAUUUACCCGUAUGGAGAGCAGAUGGUGUGGUUCUCGUAGCUUUAUUACAUGCCGGUCCUGUGGAGUUUCUUUAUUAUUGGUUUCACAGAGCACUUCAUCACCAUUUUCUUUAUUCUCGCUACCAUUCUCACCAUCAUUCUUCCAUAGUCACCCAGCCUAUUACUGCUGUUGCUCAUCCAUUUGCUGAGGUCUUGGCAUAUGUUGCUCUAUUCGCUAUACCACAAUUUGCAACAUUGUUCACAAAGACUGCCUCCAUUGCUUCUGUUUAUGGUUACUUGUUUUAUAUCGAUUUCAUGAACAAUUUGGGUCACUGCAACUUUGAGUUCUUUCCAAAGAAGCUCUUCUCUCUCUUCCCCUUUCUGAAGUAUCUCGCCUACACUCCAUCGUUUCACUCACUGCAUCACACCAAAUUCAGGACAAAUUACUCUCUUUUCAUGCCAAUAUAUGACUACAUUUAUGGAACCGUGGAUGACUCCACAGAUGAAACUUAUGAAAUGUCUUUGAAGAGACCAAAGGACUCACCCGAUGUGGUUCACUUAACCCACCUAACAACACCAUACUCUAUCUAUCAUCUUCCUUUAGGCUUCGCUUCCUUAGCCUCCAACCCUCAAACGGCAAAAUGGUAUCUUCGUUUCAUGUGGCCCUUCACUUUUGGUUUCAUAGCAACGGGUUGGAUCUUUGGUCGAACAUUUGUUUCAGAAAGGAACACUUUCAGCAAGCUUAAUUUGCAGUCAUGGGUCGUUCCACGAUUCACAAAACAAUAUUUGAAAGGACAAAGCACAUCAGUGAACAAAUUAAUUGAAGAGGCAAUAUUAGAGGCUGAAUUAUCUGGAGCUAAAGUUUUGAGUCUUGGGCUUCUUAAUCAGCAAGAAGAAUUGAAUGGAUAUGGGCAACUCUACAUCCAUAAGUUUCCAGAGUUGAAGAUAAAAGUUAUAGAUGGAAGUAGUCUAGCUGCAGCAAUUGUAGUGAACAGCAUUCCCAAGAGCACCAGUCAAGUGCUUCUGCGAGGCAAAUUUAAUAAGGUUUCUCUGGCUAUAUCCAAUGCUCUCACCAAAAGAAAUGUUCAGUUAGCUGUAUUAAACAAGGAUGAGAUGACGAAGCUACAUUCAAGACUCAAGGCCAAAGUAGAUCUUGCUCUCACCGCUACCUCUGAUGCCAAGAUAUGGUUGGUAGGAGAUGGAUGGGAUGAAAAUGAACAGAUGAGAGCAGCAAAAGGAUCAAUUUUCAUACCAUUUUCUCAAUUCCCUCCAAAGAAAAUGCGAAAAGAUUGCUUCUACCACUAUACUCCUGCCAUGAUAGCUCCUUCCUCAUUCACCAAUACGCAUUCUUGUGAGAACUGGCUGCCAAGGAGAGCAAUGGGUGCUUGGCGAAUAGCAGGAAUAGUGCAUGCCUUGGAAGGAUGGAACGUACACGAGUUUGGUUCUACCACUUUCAAUAUCACUCAAAUAUGGCAUGCAACCAUUCGUCAUGGUUUCCAACCUUUGGAAUUGGACACUCCCUUUUAAUUUGAUCAUUCCCAUGAAUCUAGAUAUGCAUGAAUUAAAUAAAUUUUAAGUU